ACAGAAGAAGAAGAAGACAUUUGUGCACACUGUGGACAAGAUGGCUGCCUCUAUGUGGCGGAUCAGCGGGGCGAUGAAUCGAGCUCUUGUUAAAGCUGGCUAUCCUCUUCUGCUGUCUUUGAGCCGAGGACAGGCCUCUGUAUCAUAUGCUCAGAGCCUGCUCGGAGUUUCAGAAACUCGGCUCACUACCUUGAGCAAUGGCUUGAGGAUUGCCUCUGAAGAGACCGACCAGGCCACAUGCACGGUCGGUCUUUGGAUUGGUUGUGGGAGCAGAUAUGAAUCUGAGAAGAAUAACGGUGCUGGAUUUUUCCUGGAGCAUAUGGCAUUUAAAGGCACAAAGAAGCACCCGCAGUCUGCGCUUGAACAGGCAGUGGAGUCUAUGGGAGCUCACCUGAGUGCAUACACCUCUCGGGAACACACUGCUUACUACAUGAAGACUCUUGCCAAGGACUUGCCUAAAGCGGUGGAGCUGUUGGCAGAAGUAGUGCAGAGCUCAUCUUUGAGUGAGGCAGAGAUGGAGCAGCAGAGGAGUGUGGUGCUAAGAGAGCUGGAAGAGGUGGAAGGUAGCUUGCAGGAUGUUUGCCUGGAUCUGCUUCAUGCUACUGCUUUCCAGGGUACUCCUCUGGGCCAUAGUGUUCUUGGUCCCUCUGUCAAUGCCAGGACACUAACUCGUAAUGAUUUGGUGGAAUACAUCAAUAGCCAUUAUAAAGCUCCUCGCAUGGUCCUGGCUACAGCUGGAGGAGUGAACCAUGAUGACCUUGUGGCUCUGGCUAAGCAGCAUUUCAGUGGUGUUUCAUUUGAAUAUGAGGGUGAUGCUGCACCUGUUCUGUCCCCAUGCCGUUUCACUGGGAGUGAGAUUCGUAUGCGUGAUGAUGCGAUGCCCUUAGCACAUGUUGCUAUAGCUGUAGAGGGAGCUGGAGCUGCAAGUCCUGAUAUUGUGCCACUCAUGGUUGCCAAUUCCAUUAUUGGUAGUUAUGACAUCACAUUCGGAGGUGGCAAGCACUUAAGCAGUCGUCUAGCUCGCCUGGCUGCAGAGCUGAACCUGUGUCACAGUUUCCAGGCUUUCCACUCCUCAUACAGUGACACUGGACUGCUGGGUAUUUAUUUUGUUACGGACAAACAUAAAAUAGAGGACAUGAUGCAUUGGGCUCAGAAUGCCUGGAUGAAUUUGUGCACCACAGUGACUGAGAGCGAUGUGGCUCGAGCCAAAAAUGCUUUGAAAGCUAGCUUAGUGGGACAACUCAAUGGAACUACACCUGUUUGUGAUGACAUUGGCAGGCACAUUCUAAAUUAUGGUCGCCGCAUCCCAUUGGCUGAGUGGGAUGCCAGAAUUGAGGCUGUGACUCCCAAGAUUAUCCGUGAUGUCUGCUCUAAAUACAUCUAUGACAAAUGCCCAGCUGUGUCUGCAGUCGGUCCAGUAGAGCAGCUACCAGAUUAUAACAGAAUGAGAAGUGCUAUGUACUGGCUUCGAUUUUAAAUGUUCUUUGGGCUGUCAGCUCUGCAAUUUUUGUCCUCUCGUCUUAUUCAUACCCUUAUCUUGUAUGAAUUUGAUGGGUGACAUAUUUGUCAUCUCUUAUAAAAGCUCAGAUGAAGAGGAAUAAUGUGGUAAAUAUACAUUUGGAAUGUCCGACAUGGGGCAGAGCUAUUUAUGUGGUUUUAUUUCAGUCCCUUUUUGUAUAUAUAUAUAGCAAUACCUCUCAUACCAACUUCAAAUAAAACCCUGUCACAUCUAG